AUGUCUGUCACGAGUCGUUUGAUGCGUGAAUACCAGAAGUUCUCGAAGACAGACAUUCCAGGAGUCAUGGCGCUGCCAGACCAAAAGGAUGAGCGCUGUUGGAAUUGCAUAAUUCUGGGGCCCGCCGGGACAGCUUGGGAGAAUGGUAAGCUAUGUAUAAGGAUGAAAUUUCCCAACGAGUACCCUAUCAAACCUCCUUCUGUACAUUUCGUAACAUCGAUGUAUCAUCCAAACGUUUAUACGGACGGCUCGCUUUGUUUAGAUAUUUUGCAGUCACAGUGGUCUCCUUGCUUUACAAUCUUGUCUGUCCUCCUUUCCAUUCAGUCCCUUCUGACAGACCCGAAUCCAUCAUCUCCGGCCAAUAGCGAUGCCGCGCACAAAUAUAACUGUGAUAUAGAUGCAUACAAUCGCGAAGUAAGAGCACGCAUGGAAAGGUCGCAGAGCUUUAUCAAAGAAGAGCCGUGGUGUAGAGUCUAUGAGGCGCUUCAGAAUAGAAAAGUAGCAGAUAACACUUCAUGA